GGCUGGAGGGGCCAAAUGGCCGAGACCAGGGUGAAGGAUCAGGAAUGGAGAGAUCAGUUGCAGAAAGGCUGCCUCUCCAGAUGCACUGUGGCCUUUGCAGGCCCUCCAUCCUGUGAGGUCCAAGGCCCCAGUGCCUGCCAGGUGGGAGAGACUCCUGGGCUGAAGGGGAUCAGUUCUGAGAAGAUGAAAGAGGAGAGCAUGUGCCCAGACUCCCCCGAAGGCAGCCUGGUCACUAGUGAGGAGGAGGGUGAACGGCUUCACAAGAAAUGCCUCCGCAAGCGCGGCCAGCUGGGCAAACCCAUGGAGGAUUGUGGCUCGCAUUCUCCGCAGGGCAAGCGCAGCAAGCGCAGCCCCGUUCCCCAGUCCUUCGAGGACGUGCACACUCAGCGGGUGAUCGCCAAUGUACGGGAGAGGCAGCGCACCCAGUCGCUCAACGAUGCCUUUGCCGAGUUGCGGAAGAUCAUCCCCACGCUGCCCUCCGACAAGCUCAGCAAGAUCCAGACCCUCAAGCUGGCCGCCCGCUACAUAGACUUCUUGUACCAGGUGCUGCAGAGUGAUGAGCUGGACCACAAGAUCACCAGCUGUAACUACCUGGCCCACGAGAGGCUCAGCUACGCCUUCUCCGUCUGGAGGAUGGAAGGGGCUUGGUCCAUGUCAGCAUCUCACUGAGCCUGCAGGAUCCAGCCAACAGGUGCUCCUGGGAUGAGG